AUGAGCAAUGCUGAGAUAAUCAGUUCUACAAAUCUUAUUGUUCUGCUAGAGGAUGAAAUCUUUGCAGAUUUUUUCAACACAUUUCUUUCUCUCCCGGUCUUUGGUCAGAUGCCAUUUUACACUGUUGAAAAUUCACAAUGGAGUUUGUGGCCAGAAAUACCAUAUGACUUGAUUGCUAAAUACAAAGGAUUAUUGACCUGGUUGGAAAAAUACAGGUUGCCUUUCUUCUGUAAAACCAACUUAUGUUUCCAGUACAUUCUCUGUCAGGAGCUCACCAGCUUCAUUAAAUCCCCAGAAGGAGCUAAGAUGAUGAGAUGGAGAAAGGCAGACCAGUGGCUACUCCAGAAAUGCAUUGGCAGCGUCAGAGGGAUGAGGCGCUUCUGUACCUACCUCAAGGGCAGUGCAGGUGAUGAGUUGGUGGAUUUCUGGGUCCUUGCUGAGAAGAUCCUGAGCAUAGAUGAGACAAACCAGGAACUGAGAGACCAUUACCUGUCCCUGCUCCUCAUGCUGAAGGCCACCCAUCUGCAGGAAGGCUCCAAGGUGGUGACUCUCUGCAACAUGAACAUCAAGGCACUCCUGAACCUCUCCAUCUGGCAUCCAAACCAGUCAACCACCAGGAGAGAGAUACUGAGCCACAUGCAGAAAAUGGCUCUAUUCAAACUCCAGAGCUACUGGCUCCCCAACUUUUACACCCAUGCUAAAAUGAACAUGGCCAAGGAGGAGGAGUGCCAGGGUCUGAUGCAAGAAUAUGAGACACGCCUUUGCAGUGUUUGCUACACACAUGUAGGAGGGCUCCCUCUGAGCAUGAGCAUCAAGAACUGCCAGCGUCCCCAGAAGCGGUACUCAAGCAGGAAGAGCAAGAGGAAGAUGUGGCAGUUGAUAGACCAUAGCACCAGUUCUCUGGAAAUGGAGCUACCAUCCACUCCCCCUGAGCCAGGAGCCACAAGCAGGCCCACACAGGAGAUGCAUCCUCAGAAGAAGGCAGUUGUAGAAAUGCCUGCUCUCCAUGUGGCCCAUUCAGAGGAGAAAAUUAUUGGUUCCUUGGAAGAAAAUAAUUAUACCAAGAGUUCCUCCACAAAGAAGAAAGCCAACAGCCACUUCUACAUGGAGGGCCUUUUUGAGACAGAGGUCUCCACCCGCCUGAGGACCACCACUCCCAUCAUCCAUCACUCCUCCCAGAUAACACUGAAGAAGGUAAUCAAGAAAAAUCUCUCCUUGGCGUACACCCACUGGGCCCUAAGUGCUGAUGCCUAUGCAGGGAGUCCCUUCCGGGAAUACCUGAAGAAACAGAAUUUGAAAGUGGAGACUCAACUCCUUGACCUCUGGCAGGACCUGAACCAUUUCCUUGGUGUCAUCAUGAGUAGCAGGAAGAAUGGGAAUGCUGCCUUUCGGUACAUGUUGGGCCACAGGAUCUGUGAAAUCUACCUGAAUGAGGAAAUUGGAUCAUGUGUACCACUCAAAUCUCAAACCAUUCAGGGCCUGAAGAUUCUGUUGCCACUGGGGGAUGUGAACCCCUGGAUUCCCAGAGCCCAGAAAGAGAUCUGCAAGAUGCUCAGCCCCUGGUAUGAUGAAUUCCUGGAAGAAGAGGACUACUGGUUUCUAAUUUUCACAACUCAGAACAGGUUCAUCAACGUCAAGUGGCAUAAAAAAGGAGGCUCUAUGAGCAAAGAAGAUAAUAUUCUUCUUUAUAAGAGGAUUCAGCAAUCUUUGGAGUUAAGCCAGGGUCUGGCUAACAUGGAGGAGAUGGAUUCUCUGCAGUGGCAGAAGAUAGCUACAGAGGACUCGAGACAAGGCGGGUCUCUCCAAGUAGCACUCAUGUCUCCAGUGUUACAGACAGACAUAAAGAAUAUGACCUUUGAGGAGCUCUGCUAUACAAAUCCUAAGGUGGCCAUACAGAAGAUCAGUGAUGACUACAAAGCAUAUUGUGAAAAAGUACCUGGAAUAGGCAAAAACCUGACAGAAGUCCUGCUAAAUGCACAACACUUAGACUGCUUCAGGGAGUUUCUCAAGGAAAGGAAAGGUGAAAUCCCAUUGCAGUUCGUGUUAGCUGUACAGAAGAUCAAUAUUGAGACCAAUGAAAAGUUGCAGAAGCCUCUCCUUGAAAAUAUCAUCAAGACUUUCUUCCAUGGCAGAGUCUCUGCUGAAGAAAUGCUGCAGUGUAAUGCACCCAUUAUCAAAGAAAUCACUCACAUGCGUAAAGUCAGUACUGACAUGUUGUUCAUGGCCCAAGGCUACGUCAUAAGAUCUCUGGAAGAAAAGUGGUUUAAAGAUUACCAAGAUCAGUUCCCACUGCGUUCUCUGGAGGUUGAAACUGAAGUGCAUGCUUCCCCUAGGAAGCUCUCAAGGACAGGAGUAAAUUAUCUACAAGAAUCACAGAAGAAGGGCUGGCUGAAAAUGAUCAGCUUUAUCAAGAGCUUUUGCAAGUACCGCAGAUAUAUGUCAGAUCCCAUUAAGCGCCAGGAAUUUCAAGACUAUUUUCAACUAGAACUGCACAAUAACAAGGAAAACUUCACUGUACCAGUAAACCCACCAGGACGUCCAGGCACAGUCCUUCCUAACAUCCGGAACACAGACCAUGAGAGUGAAGAAGGAACACUUGUAAAGCGCCGUAUCUUUGGCCACAAGAUUGUCACCGUAAACUUUUUGAUGAAUGACAUAAAUUUCUUUCAUGAAAUGGAAAAAUUUAACACUCUGGUGAGUUCAUCUCAAGUGCUACAGGCCAACCUAACAUACAACGAGAAUGACUUGAUCCUGUUGAGAUCCAAAAUUAACAUCAUACUAAAGCUCUAUCUGCAAUCUGAGGUUCCUCCGAGACUCAGGGUAAAUAUCUCUGAACCCCAGAAGGAAGCCAUCCUUGCUGCUAUUUCGGAGGGGCAACUAGACCGGAGCAUCUUCCACAGUGCUGUCAUGUCUAUCUUCCCCAUCAUUAUAUACUUCUGGAAAAGGUUUUGUUCUUGGAAGGCAACCCGAUCUUACUUACAGUCCAGGGGAAAGAAGGUCAAGGAUAAACGAACUCCUCCUAAAACCGUAUUCAAGUACCCUCCUUGGAGUGGAGGAGAACAUGCUGUCCUAAGAUUCACCCUCCUCAGAGGUGUCGAGUGGUUACGUCCUCAGCAGCGGGAAGUGGCAGCAAGCCCAGCAGCCCAAAACUGUAAGUUACAACUGGACUCCUACUGA